AUGUCUGACUCUCCGCCCCAACUACUCUUUGUCGAUGCCUAUGACUCCUUCUCAGAGAACAUCAUCGCACUGCUGAGAAACCUGCUCGACGUGGUGGUUUACGACAUCAAAAUCGACACCGACAUCCCCCGAGAUUUCGGGCUGUCUGAGGAUGCCUUCUUCCGGCAGUUUCACGCCAUUGUGCUUGGUCCAGGGCCGGGCAACCCGCUGAACAACAGCGAUGUUGGCCUGUACAAGGCCGUGUGGAGGAUUGCUGCUACGCACAGUAUCCCGGUAUUGGGGAUAUGUCUUGGCUUCCAGAGCCUGUGUAUUGCUCAGGGCAUGGAGAUCCGCCGCCUGCAGAUGCCGUGCCAUGGUCAUGCGAAGGCGAUUCGGCAUCGUUGUCAGGACAUCUUCCGUGGCUCAGGCGUGCUGCUUGCCACAUGCUACAACAGCUUGGGAGUGCGACUACAGCAGAGAGAAGAGACGUUGUUCUCAAGGCCCAGCUCGCCGGAUUCAGGCUAUGAUUCUAAACCGGUGUCGUCCAGAACAUCAUUCGAGGCAGAGCACGGAGUCACAAACACUGGUGGCGAAUGCAAGACGUUGGAAAUUUUGGCCUGGGACGAUGACGGCUGGAUCCAGGCUGUGAAGCACCUGACCCAGCCAUUCUGGGGUCUGCAGUUCCACCCUGAGUCGUGCAAGUCGAACGAGGCUUGUCACAAGGUUCUGCAAAACUGGUGGAACGACGUGGAGACAUCAAAUGCCGAACUCAGACCGCCGCUACUCGCAAGAUCGAUGCCAUCAAAAGGCAUUCAACGAUCUGCUGAGCCGGUAAAAUCUGAGCUAGAUCAUAUGUCUGCGAUACUGGCUCAGCUCACGCCUUUGCCCAGCACCGAUGGUGUCCAAUAUGAGGAGCUGCAACUAUGUUUGAGCAGAAACGAUAUUGCAAACCUUUGCUACGAGCUCUCACUUCACGAGCACGUGUCCAUGUUGGAGUCGUCCAAAAAGGGUCGCUACAGCAUCUACGCAGUCACCGACCAGUCAACCUGGACGUUGGAAUAUGCUCAGAACCACACAAGAAUCAUCACAGACGAAGUGAUUGAGAGCCAGCGAAUGAAUCUCACAGAUGCAAUGAGUCUCGUGGAGGCCUUCAUGUCAUCGCGGCUGAUUUUGGACGGCCCAGAAGACUCUCCUUUUUGGGCUGGCCUGGUAGGCUACUUCUCCUACGAGCUCGGCCUCGACCUCCUCAACAUCGCCGAUCCACUUCAGAGCCCACCCCCACGGGACGUCCCAGACUACAGCUUGAUGUGGGUGGAACGCAGCAUCGUCGUUGACAAAGAGACCGGCACCAUCUACGUACAAUCCGUACGGCCUGACGACGCCGCCUGGAUCGCCUCGACAUCCUCCCACAUCAAGCAUCUCUCCACCGCCUCAGCACCAACCCCGUCCCCCAAGCUUGACCUUAGCGACGCCCAAAUCACGCCACCUUCCCACGCCCACUACACCUCCCUUAUCUCGCAAUGCCAGGAUCACCUCCACGCCGGCUCAUCCUACGAACUCUGCCUCACAACCUCCACGCCACUCUCCCUCCCAGCCCUCCCGCCCUUCUCCCUCCACCAACACCUCCUAAGGCACAACCCCUCGCCCUACUCCGCCCUCCUCCUCCACCCCUCCAUAACAAUCCUCUCCUCCUCCCCCGAACAAUUCCUUUCCUGGCCGCGGCCCACCUCCACCUCCCCAGACACAUCCCUGUCCAUGAUGCCCAUGAAAGGCACCCUCGCCAAGACCCCCGGCAUGACCGCCGCCUCCGCCGCGGCCCUGCUCGCCACCCCCAAAGAAGAAGCCGAAAAUCUCAUGAUCGUGGACCUGAUCCGCCACGACCUACAUCGCGCGCUCAACAGCGACAGAGGCAGAAGCGGCAGCAGCAGCGACAACCAAUCCCAACUCCAAUCCCACAGCAAAGUCCAGGUCAUCAAGCUCUUCGAGCUCGUCGAAGCCGAAACCGUCUACCAACUCAUCUCGCACAUCCGCGGCACCACUCCAGCACCACCACCACCUUCAACAACGUCCCCACCCACAACCUCCCCUGACUCUCCGAACCAGCACAACCACAACCUCCUCCUAAAAGCAAAGCGCAAAACCCUCACAACAGCCCUCACCACCCUCCGCGCCACCCUGCCCCCAGGUAGCAUGACGGGCGCGCCCAAAAAAAGGUCCUGCGAGAUUCUACGCGGCCUCGAGAACCGCAAUCGCGGUGCCUACGCGGGUGUAUUGGGGUAUUUGGAUGUCGGGGGUGGUGGAAGCUGGAGCGUGGGGAUUCGGUGUGCUUUUUCGCCCAACACUGCCAAAGACAGGGAUUCAAGUGGUGGCGGUGGUGCAGCAGCAGGAGGGGAAGGGGAAGGGGAGCCAGAGGGGGAAGGGAGGAGCAGGAGACAAUGGCACGUCGGCGCCGGCGGCGCCAUCACGGUCCUCAGCGAUGUCGAGGGCGAGUGGGACGAGAUGCGCGUCAAGAUGGAGAGCGUGCUGCGUGGCUUUCGUGGCGGCUAG